ACUACAAUUCACAAUCAUUAGCGUCAUUUACUGAUUUAACAUACAUUUGAUAUCGAUAAAAUAACGUUAAAAUCGAGUUAUGAUGCCAGUUUUAUUUAAAACAUUAUACUUUUAGUUUCUAGUAAGUUGCAACACAUUCAUAGAUUGGCAUAAAUACUUAUCACUGUAAGUGAUUUAAUUUAUAACGAAAGUUUUCGUGCGGACAUUUUUCAUUUAAAUAAAUGAUAUCGAAUUUAAAAUAUCGAGCGUUCCAUAAAUCAUUACAUCUCUAAUAAGUUUUGUUUAUCCAGUAUAAUUUGGUUUGUGUUUGCUUGGUAAAAUAAUAAAUUUUAUUGAAGCCCCACUCUUAUAAAACAUAUAAAAGGCUCAAAAUGGGGGAAGCCACUUAUCCAGAUCUGGAGAAAAUGUGUAGAUUAUGUCUAGGCAUUUUGGAUCAAUCAGAACUCGUCGACAUUUUUCCACAAAGUGGGGCAUCCACAGACAGCACUUCGGUGCAGGUGUCAAUACCAAUGCGUAUUAUGGCGUGCGCCGCUUUGGAAGUACAAACAGGUGAUGGAUUGCCGAAAUCAAUAUGCACCGAAUGCCGUUACCAAUUGGAAAAAUCAUACUAUUUUCGCAAACGUAAUCAACAAUCGGACAGCAAAUUGCGCAAGCAUAUACGUUUGCUAAAUCUGGGUAAAAGGAGUCGUGUCUUUGAGAAAACGGAGGACGACGAUUUUGAAGAUGAAAUCGAGUUCGAAGAUUCUAUUAAAUUUAUACAAGAAAUCGAGGAAGAAAGAAAAGCAUCAGAAACGGCAUUAUGGGAACAAAAGUCACAGAAAGAGAUUGAUGAAAGGAUUGCUCAGGCCAAAAAAGAAUGUAUAGAAAAAUAUAGAAUAGAUAUACGGGAUGAAGUAGCAAUUGAGCUGCGUAGUGCAGUCAUAGCUGAAGUGAGGGAAGAGUUAAGAUGUGAAAUGGAGCAGGAAUUACGAACGGCUCUACGUGAAGAAUGCUUGGAGCAGGCAAAAGAAGAGCUGCGUCUGGAUGUAAUGGCAGAAUGUCGUGAACAAGAACGAAUUGCAUUAUUAGAUGAUUUGCAGACUUUUUUAAAUACAAAAAAGGAAACAAACUUGGCGACUAAAGCUGGCGCAAUAAUAGUUUCAACGCUAAUUGAGCAGCCGGUGGAAUCAAAAGUAGAAAAACAGAAGGAAACAAGUGAAAUUGUAAGAAUUGUGGAAAAAAGAACCUCAUCAGCGUCCUCCGCUAAAGACGAAAUAGUUAAUAAUGAUGAUAUAUGUGCGGAGACUGAAGGCGAUGCCGAAGCUGAAGCGGAAGAAGAGUCAGAAUUCUAUUUAAUAGAGUCAAUUAAUAGCCAUGAAGGUGAUGGUUCUGUGGUGUCCGAAAAAUCAACCAGGAAACGUCAAAAGAUAGAUAAAAGUCAACGGUUUGAGUAUUUCGAGGAUAGAUUAGGAAGCGGAAAUUUUCGUUUAACAGCCUCGGAAAGUAGUAGUCAUGAGCCUGGCACCGAUUCAUAUCACAUUGCAGAUACUGGUGAUGUUCAAUAUUACAAAAAAAGUUCAAAAAACGGGGACGAAGAUGCCGAAUGUGAAGAAAUGGAGGGAGAUGACGACGGUGAUAAUGAGGAAGGGGUUAUAGUUUUUAAUUUUUCCGAUGACAUUGAGGGCGAGCAAGUCGAGUCCAUGGAUUUCGCAGAUCUCAAGAAACUAUACGUAAUGAAGCCGUCGAAGACAGAGCAAAGUGUCGACGAGGAGAAUGAAGAGUGUAAAUCAGAUGCCAAACCGACGUUCACAAAACAAAUAGUGGCAAACGGCACAAAUACCGUCGAGUUGGGCAAUACAGUUGAAUUCCCCGUGCAUCUACGAAAAACAGAUACACCGAAGACAUUCAAAUGCGAUUCAUGUCCGAUGGUUUUCUCAACCAGCAAUGCAAUGAAUCGUCACCUGCGCACACAUCUCAAAGGCGAAGAGCGGGGCAUAUCCUACCAGUGCUCAGUGUGUCUUGUAUAUUUAUCCUGCAAAAGCGCGCUCAAUCGUCAUAUGAUCAUACAUACGGGCGAAAAGCCACAUGUGUGCGACGAAUGUGGCAAAUCAUUUGUGCAACGUGAAGUGCUAAAGCGACAUAUGUUAACACAUACAGGCGCCCGACCGCACAAGUGCACACAUUGCCGACGUACAUUUACGCAAAAGAACAACUUAAUGAAUCACAUAAACCGAGCGCACUCAGAAGUGCCAAUGGGACAACAAUACUCAUGUCAUCUCUGUCCGAAACGUUUCAGCCACACAUCGGGUCUUAGUCGACAUCUGGUUACACAUACGGGCUUGACAUUUCAAUGUACUGAAUGUAAACGAAAAUUCGCCGAUCGCUCAUCGGUGAAACGACACAUCGUCAAUGUGCAUGGGGUGCGAAAGAAUGAAGCAAUAGAAAGUGUAAAGAAAUCAUCGGAUGUUGAAUACUACUCCGUUGAAUGUGUUGAUAGCGUUGAAACGAGCGAAGAAAAUGGUGCAACAUUUUUGGUAUGAUAGAAUGUUAGUAAAUCACGAUUUUAUUUUUUUUUUACUAUUAUUUCUAUUAUUUUGCCUGAAGCACUUUGUAGAGCUUGAAUUGAUUAAGAGGCCAUCAACUUGUUACGCGCAGUAACAAAUUAUUUUAUUUUUAAACAUUAUCAAUUGGCUGAUAAGUAGUUUUUAAUAAUUUGCAGAGUUUAAUUUAUUUCUAAUAUGUAUUCCUUUGUACUACAAGUUAAACCGUACGGUCAUAGAAAUAUUUUUACAAAUUAUCAAUAAAAUUAUGCAAAGAUUCAACAUUUUAUUUUAAAACGAUAAAAAAAAUUUAAUUUCGUUGAUUUCAUUCUUGUCUGCAUUGCAAUUUUACUAUGAUAUACUUUAAAUGCUUUGGAGGUGUGUAUAAGAGCAUAUCAGAGAAAACGAUCCCGACCAGGAUUAAAUUUAUUUAUUUCGGACGCUAACUUACUGCCUUUGAAGUGGUACGUGGUUCUUGGGUGACCAAGAAAAACAAUUCGCCUUACCAAAAUGAAUGAUGUUUGCGAACACUUCUUGUAUAAAUAUGUUAAUGGCUGCUAUAGCAAAUUUUUUUCAUAUAUGACCGAAUUUGGAAUAUUAAUAAGUAUUAUAUAACACAAAUAAAUUACAGUGCAAAUUAAAUAUUUAAUUUUAAAGUAUUUUCCAUCAAAACACUUCUUUUUCUUUUAAUAUUUACUUUUCACAAUUAGCGUAAACAAAUCCUCAAAGCACCGCUAGCAAUGUCAACAUUGGGUUGACACAUCGCUGAUUUUGACAGUUGAAUCGUGUGCACAAACAAAUAGCGCUUAAAUUUAAUUUUAAAAUAAGAUAAGAAACGCAUUUUUUAGAUUUUAAUAUAUAUGAAAUUUUUUUCUAUUUAUGUAAUCAUUUACGUAGAAUUAAGAUUUUGUAUAUGUUUUACAACAUAUACAUAUCUACACACACGUGCAUGUGUACCAAUAACAAUUGAUUUUUUUUCACAGAAGCAGUUAAAACGUUAAAUUGUAUUAAAUUGUAUAUAAAUAACUAACCAUUAUCAAUACGCAUAUUACAAUAUAUUUGAAACAUUUACUUGUAUGUAUAUGUAUAUAAAUAUGUAGCUUAGGCGAAAUUCCUAAUUAACUAUUCGUACAACAAUGCAAAAAUUGUAAAUUUGAGAAACUCAUACAAUUACAGGGCUUACGCAAUACUUUUGCUAGAACAAAUUUCUGAUAUUUUUAGAAUAAUCUUAUGAAAAACAAAAACCAAACAAUAAUGGAAAACAAAACACAAAAUAAAUUUAUAAUAAAUGACAUGCAUACAAUA